AUGGAGACCCUCCCCACGGUCUCCUCCCUCGUCCUGUGCCUCCUCCUCUCCUCCCUCCUCCCUUCCUCCUCCGCCGCCUGCAACGACGAGAUCUUCUCCGGCCGGAGCUUCCAGAGCUGCGAAUCCCUAAGCUCCCUCGACGCCACCAUCCACUGGACUUACUUCCCCUCCAACGGCAGCGCCGCCGUGGCUUUCCGCGUCGAAACCGCUGGCUGGGCUGCGUGGGGGAUCAACCCCACCGGGAGGGGCAUGAUCGGUACGCAGGCGCUCGUCGCCUACCAGAACGGCAGCUCCACCGCGGCCUUCGGAGCCAGCCUCACCACCAAGUUGAUGGGCAGCCUGCGGCCUUCCACCAUCUCCGUCAACACCACCGGUCUCACGGGGGAAUACAGAAACGGGAAGAUCACCAUCUUUGCCACUAUCGUCCUGCCCAACAACACCACCGAGGUUAACCACACAUGGCAGAAGUCCGACGUCAUCGCCGGCGGCUACCCGGGGCCCCACCCCAUCGGUGGCGAGCAUGCAAGUUCGGUGGGGACGCUGAACUUUCUGUCCAGCGCACCGUCGCCGGGGGGAGGAGAUUCCGGCACGCCGGCGACGCCAAGCCCGACGCGCUCACCCCCCGCAAGCAACGACGGCGCCGCCAGGAGGGCCGCCGGCGGGCUGGGCUCUCUACUCUUGCUGGCCGUGGCGCUGGCCUUGUGGUGA